UUCUUCUGUAGUUUGCUAAUGUUGUGAGUGGUUCUCAGUGAGUUUCGAGGAAGUACAAAAUUCCAAUUAGAAGUGUCUCGUGCGCAGUCAAUCUGAUUUCGGUUUCGCUGUUUGUCGGAAACGUGAUUUUUUUUGUGAACGAUAACGAUUGUGAUUCGCUCUAAGCUAAGUUAUCUUGGUUAAAAACUGCGAUUGUGUGCAAUUAUUGUUCCGAAGCAAACAAAGUGUUAGUUGAAAUUGUUUUGAUCGUGAAUGUACCAUGAAAAUGUGGAUAACUAUGGAAAAAACGUACAUUGGAAAUAUAAAUGGAAGAGGAUUAAACAUGUUUUGUGCGUGCAUCGUUAUUGUGCUCUAUUUCGAUAGUGUUCUAUUUUUAGUCUUUGGUUGAGGGACGUAUUCAUCUGUGUUGAAAUUCAAUGCAUAAGCACGUUCUUUCUCGUUCGUCGUAUUUAAAAAAGCAAAGCAAAACAAUCUGACAAAAAAUAUAGCUUUAAAUUUAAAAAGUUAUAAAUCAGCUCGGAUGUCACAGAGGCACAGCGUUCCGUUCUAAAUCAAACACAGAAACGUUUCGAAAAAGAGAAACGUUGAAAAUUUUCGUUUGCCUAGCGACGUGUGCCGACUGCAGAGAGAUCGUUUUUGUGUUUCCUUGGUCCCUUGGAAUAUGACCGGACCUACGAUGAGCAGCGCAAGCAAAAAGUUAUCAAUGAGCAAACAAAAUGAGCUAAACACGCUGGUUGAUUCACUGAUCAAGCAUAGCUUUCAGAAAACUGCUAAUGUGAAUGAGCAGUUUAAGCAGUUCCAGGAGAUGUAUUCGGUGCUGGAACGCAUCCGAAAGGUGGAAUCGGAGCUGAAGCUGAAAACCAAUAACGGCAAACCACGACAGGCCAACAUCGAGGCCUUCUGUCGAUGGGCCAGUGAGCAUGGAUGCGGAUUCGACGGUGUUAAGAUAUCGGAAUUUUCCGGGUUCGAACUGGGUUUGGAAGCGACCCGCGAUUUUAUCAUUGGAGAGCCCUUUGUUACCGUACCUAGAAAGCUUAUAUUUUCCGUUACGGCUGACAGUAAAAUCCCGGACAUUAUGAAGGACAUACCGGUGAUGAUGGUGCAAAAUUUAUCGAACCUGAUGCUGGCCCUGUUGCUGAUCGUCGAACGUUUCCAACCGAACAGUGUUUGGAAACCGUAUUUGGAUGUAUUGCCAGAUCGCUACUCGACGGUGCUGUAUUUCAGUCCGGCUGAUAUGGCCGAACUGAAGGGAACAAGUGCUUUCGGGCCGGCAAUGAAUCAGUGCAAGAAUAUUGCCCGUCAAUAUGGGUUUAUUAAAAAGUUUAUCCAGACGAAGACGGCGCUGCUGAAGGAUAACUUCACCUACGAUUUGUACUGUUGGGCCGCCUCGACGGUAAUGACGCGACAGAAUCUGAUACCGGUCAACUUAGCAGAAAAUGACGCACUGAAUGCGGUCAGCGGUAGCACGAGCGUUACAAAUGGUUCUACUGCCGAGGCAGCCCCCGUCGCCGGCUCCAUCGAGGACAGCAACGCCGCCAUCGGCACCGGUGAGUUCGGUACGAGCCCGAUGCUGAUUCCAUUCUGGGACAUGGCUAAUCACGUUAAUGGGGAAAUUACGACCGGCUACAAUGAGCUGCUGCAGCAGGUGGAAAGUCUCGCGCUGAAGGACUUCCGCAAGGGAGAGCAGAUAUUCAUUCACUACGGCAGCAGGAAUAAUGCGGACUUUCUCGUGCAUAAUGGCUUUGUCUAUCCGGACAACGCGAACAGCAACGUGUCGUUACAGUUAGGCUUGAACACCACGGAUGAGUUAUUUGAACAGCGUAAGCAACUUCUUGAAGUGCUGAAAUUACCCACAACCGGUGAAUUCACCAUUAAUCGAGGACCAGCAUUCAUUUCGCCGGAGCUGCUAGGGUUUGCUCGUGUCUUCAAUAUGACCAAAGAUCAACUCGCACACUGGAUCGAACAGAAGGAAGUGGAUACCGUCCAGCUAUUAGAUUCAAGUUACAAGCUUGAAGGGGAUCUUCAACAAAAAGUCUGGAAGUUUCUUUCCAUACGGCUGCAGCUGAUGCUGCGGAUGAGCGGAACCACUCUGGAACAGGACGAGACUCUACUGGCCAACCAAGGUCAAAAAGGAACUCCAAAGCUGGGACACAUCCGAACCAUGCUCGUGCAGUUUCGAGUGGUGGAGAAAAAAGUUAUUACCGAAGUUCUUGAAUAUUGCAAGCAGAAACAGUGCUCCUAAACUGCUACUAACUUACGCUUUUUCGCCAGCCUUCACCUAGUAUGUUUUUUGCUUGCUGUCCACAUGCUUCUUAGAAUAAGGUUAAUAUUUUCUUAUUUCUUAGAUGCUUCCCGAUCCUUACUAAAGAAAAAUAUUUCGAUUUUCAUGCUACCUGUAGAAGAGAAUAACCAGUAUUGUUUUUGCGUUAUUGCUUCCGAUUUUUGUGCCCUUUCAUUUUUCGUUUUGCUUAAUUUGGCCGAAAAAACGACCAACUGUUUGAGAGUAUAAAAGUCAAAAUACAUUUGAACUAACUAUUAA